AUGUCGAAGGGCGACGGUGAACAACAAAACGGUUCCGGCGAGGAGUCCAAGACCAACCUCAUCAUCAACUACCUGCCGCAGAGCAUGACCCAGGAAGAGAUCCGGAGCCUUUUCUCGAGCAUCGGUGAAGUUGAGUCCUGCAAGUUGAUACGCAAUAAAGGGGCGGCCUUCCCUGACGCCCUAAAUCAUGCGCUGCAUGGUGGCGGACAAAGCCUCGGCUACGCCUUCGUCAACUACCACCGCCCCGAGGACGCAGAGAAGGCCAUCGCGACCCUCAAUGGCCUGCGGCUUCAAAACAAGACAAUUAAGGUAUCUUACGCCAGACCCAGCAGUGAGGCCAUCAAAGGAGCGAACUUAUACGUCUCCGGCCUACCGAAGACUAUGACACAGACCGAGUUAGAGAGACUGUUCAGUCCGUACGGCCGCAUCAUCACUUCGCGCAUCCUCUGCGAGAAUUCCGGCGGAAGACCGUUCACGGGUGGGGAGCAAGGAUUAUCGAAGGGAGUCGGAUUCAUCCGGUUCGAUCAGAGAGUGGAGGCCGAGAGGGCCAUUCAGGAAUUAAACGGAACAGUGCCCAAGGGAGCGACGGAGCCGAUCACAGUGAAGUUUGCGAAUAAUCCGAGCAACAACGGCAAGGCGCUGGCGCCACUCGCAGCCUACUUACCGGCGGCACUUCGCUUCCCGGCGCCCCUCGGGAGAUUCAGCUCAGGCAAGUCCCUACUCGCUAUCAAUAAAGGUCUGCAGCGCUACAGCCCGCUGGCGGGCGAGCUGCUGGGCGGCGUGUUGCCCGGCGCCGUGGGCUCCGAGUGGUGCAUCUUCGUGUACAACCUGGCUCCCGAGACCGAGGAAAACGUGCUGUGGCAACUCUUUGGGCCGUUCGGCGCCGUCCAGAGCGUAAAAGUGAUCCGAGACCUGCAAACGAACAAGUGCAAAGGGUACGGGUUCAUAACGAUGACGAACUACGACGAAGCCGUCGUCGCAAUUCAGUCCCUCAACGGCUACACGCUCGGGAACAGAGUUCUGCAGGUCAGUUUUAAGACGAACAAGAUCAAAACGAUCUAA